GAGGCAGUAGAUAUUUCUCAGGAGUACCCUAAAAGUGAAUGAAAUCACCCUCCCUCCCCAUCUGACACACUGUAUAAAACACGGGCAAUGUUGGGAAUCUGACAGAGGUGUCUUGAACAGCAAGAAAGCCAGCUACAAUAUUUUCAAGUGUUGCAUUAUAAUGUAAGCAAUGUUUUUAUUUUCACUUUUUGAUUUAAAGUCAAGUAAUGUUGGAUCUGGCAGUGUUUAUGGUGGAGCUUCUAUUUCUGAUUUUGGUGUUGUGAUAUUAUUGAAUAAUUAUUUUUUAUCAUGCAUUUUGACUAUUCAUUUUACCUAUGACCCAGGAUUCGCUCCAGCGCUGUGAUGUCCCUGAGUAUUCUGUCUCUCUGCCUGCUGGCUUGUAUUCACUCUGGCAUUAAUGCUUAUCCAGCCAAGCCUGCCAGUCCCCGGGAAGGCGCACCACCCGAGGAGCUCGCCAGAUAUUAUUCUGCACUAAGACACUACAUCAAUCUCAUUACAAGACAGAGGUAUGGGAAAAGAGACAGCCCAGAUACUGUAUUUUCCGAUGUGUUGGUGAGGGAGAGCACAGAGAGUAUUCCAGGAUCAAACUAUGUUGGGUAUGACGGGCUGCCACUGUGGUGAUGCUGCUGGAGCUGUCAUAUCCUGGCUGACUUUACCACAAAGCAGCUGCUAUGUCUGUUACUGAC